UGCAGACUUGCGUUCUGUGUCCUUGAGUAAAGCACGUCUCUAAUAUGUUCUGUCUGCCUUCUUUUCACACACCUGUAGAAGGGAGACUGGCCGAUGCACAAGUUGGAGUGUACAGCCAUGUGUUCCUAUGGGGAGAACUGGUGUCCGUCAGAGACCGUCAGAUUGGUGGCCAGGAUCAUCAUGAAACAGAAAGUCACAACGGAACGGACACAGUCAGAGAGGCUGUUACUCCUCAGCGAGUUUGAAGCCCACCUGGAUAAGUUGGACAGUGAGAAGAAUGAGAUGAACCAGACGGAUAUAGCUGCACUGCAUCAUUUCUACUCUCGACACAUAGACUUCCCUGAUGACCAAACCCUCACUGUGCUCUUUGGACAGGUAAACUGUAAUGGUUUCACCAUAGAGGACGAGGAGCUGUCUCACCUGGGCUCUGCUGUGUUCCCUGAUGUAGCGUUGAUGAACCAUAGUUGUAGUCCUAACGUCAUCGUCACCUAUAAGGGGACAGUAGCUGAGGUACGAGCCGUGCAGGACAUCCAGCCUGGAGACGAGGUCUUCAACAGUUACAUUGACCUGCUCUACCCGACGGACGACAGGAACGAGAGACUGAGAGAUUCCUACUUCUUUACCUGCGUGUGUAAUGAGUGUGCCACACGGUCUAAGGAUGGAGGUAAGAUGGCGCUUCAAAAGUUGAGCUCUCCCCCACAGCCAGAGGAGGUCAGAAAGAUGGUUCACUAUGCCAGGAAUGUUAUUGAAGAGUUCCGUAGAGCUAAGCACUACAAGACCCCUAGUGACCUGCUGGAGAUCUGUGAGUUGAGCCAGGAGAAGAUGAGCUCUAUAUUUGCAGACACUAACGUGUACGUGCUUCACAUGAUGUACCAGGCCAUGGGAGUCUGUCUGUACAUGCAGGACUGGGACGGAGCCAUGAGCUACGGAGAGAAGAUCAUUCAUCCAUACAGUGUCCACUACCCAGCCUAUUCUCUGAACGUGGCCUCCAUGUACCUGAAACUGGGCCGUCUCUACCUGGGACUUGAGAGGAAGACCCAGGGAGUCAAGGCAUUAAAGAAGGCGAUCGCCAUCAUGGAAGUGGCUCAUGGGAAGGAUCACCACUACGUAGCAGAGGUCAAACAAGAGGUGGAGGAGCUGAAAUAAGGAGGAGGUGAAGAAGAGGAAGGAGUGAGGGAGGAAGAGAGCACAAAGGGCUUCUCCAAACCCUGGGUCAAAAAAAAACAACCAUUUUUUUUAUUUUUUUUAAUUUUUAAUCUACAAAACUAAACAGCUGCACGGCAUGCAUCCUAUACCUCUCUUUUCAUGUGUAUCUCUCUCCAUCUCCCUCUCGGUCUCUGGUCAAAUCAGUUAUUUUUGUUUGUCAUACAGGCAGGCAGUUAGCCAGUCAGUGAAAGAGACAAUGUGACCCCAGUAUUUCUGUUCAUCGGUUGUCUUAGACAGUACGUGAUGAGUGUGUUUUUAUGUACUGGGUAGCAGUAUUGCUGUAACUGGCAAGGACAGUUGUAGUUUUUAGUUUUGUUAUUGGCCUGGACUAGCCUCGUAUCUGCCUGAACUGUUAUGAAAAGUGAACAAAUUAUGUUUGUAUUAAGCGAUGACGGGUUUCUCUCCUCUCAUACAAGGUAGCAAAGUGAGAGAACAAUACCAACAAAAAUAAAUCAUUGUUGUUAUAAAUAUAUCCGAACUUUAAAUAAUUUGCAUUUGUCUUACAACACAAACCGUGUGGAACAACUUUUGUCCCUUUUGCCUGUUUUAUAAAAUCAGAAGUGUUGCAUGUUUUCUCUCACUCAUAUACUGUCUUUGUACCGACCCGUAGGGAAGCAGGGUUGUAGUCUUUGUACCGACCUGUAGGGAAGCAGGGUUGUAGUCUUUGUACCGACCUGUAGGGAAGCAGGGUUGUAGUCUUUGUACCGACCCGUAGGGAAGCAGGGUUGUAGUCUUUGUACCGACCCGUAGGGAAGCAGGGUUGUAGUCUUUGUACCGACCUGUAGGGAAGCACGGUUGUCGUCUUUGUACCGACCCGUAGGGAAGCAGGGUUGUAGUCUUUGUACCGACCCGUAGUGAAGCAGGGUUGUAGUCUUUGUGCCGACCUGUAGGGAAGCAGGGUUGUAGUCUUUGUACCGACCUGUAGGGAAGCAGGGUUGUAGUCUGUACCGACCUGUAGGGAAGCAGGUUUGGCCUCAAAUUCUGUUUUAAUUCCAAAAGUAAAUCAAAUUCCAAAUGUUUCUCAUUGGCGAGAAUUUAAAUUUCAACGUACUUCCUGAAUUGACUGGAAUUGUUACGGGAAUUGGCCCCCAACCCUGAAGGGAAGUAAUUUUCCACAUCGUUCAUUCAAUGUCAUUACAUAGAUUUUGUUGUUGUUGAUUAACCAGAUUUUUGCCAAGUAAGAUGACUGUAAAACCCUCAAUAUUAACCUUAACCUUUAGGGGAAUGAAAACAUACCUGGCCCUGGAUCACAAUCUCUUUCCUGGGAACCCCAAGGGGUGCAUGCUUCUGUUGUUGCCCGAGCAUUACGGACGAUUUCAAACAAUCAACACAAUAUCAAGCUUUGCUUAUUUGAAGAGGCUCUGUAGCUCAGUUGGUAGAGCAUGACGCUUGUAAACGCCAGGGUAGUGGGUUCGAUUCCCGGGACCACUCAUACGUAAAAUGUAUGCUUGUGUGGGAUAAAGGCGUCUGCUGUGUGGGUAUAUAUAUAUGCUGGUGGGGAGUGUGUUUAACCAGCUUUUGAGGGAAAAUGCAUUGAAAGUAAAGGGAGACUGCCUUCGCUCAGAGGGAGACUGCCUUCGCUCAGAGGGAGACUGCCUUCGCUCAGAGGGAGACUGCCUUCGCUCAGAGGGAGACUGCCUUCGCUCAGAGGGAGACUGCCUUCGCUCAGAGGGAGACUGCCUUCGCUCAGAGGGAGACUGCCUUCCCUCAGAGGGAGACUGCCUUCGCUCAGCGGGAGACUGCCUUCGCUCAGAGGGAGACUGCCUUCGCUCAGAGGGAAUCGAACCCACUACCCUGGCGUUUACAAACGCCAAGCUCUACCAACUGAGCUACAGAGCCGCUUCAAUAUAUAUAUAUAUAUUUUAGGACCAAAAACCAAAACUUUGAGAUCCCCAGACCUGAGUUCAGAAAACAUCUGGCUGACGACUUCCGCUUCACCUCACUUCCCCUCUGUACUGUGGUUGGUUUGAGUGUGUCGGACAUCUGACAUGGAAACCCAAAUAAAAUCGAAAACAGAGAA